GUCGGCUGACAGCCGAACCGUGCUUCAGUCGGCCGGCGAACUCGCGUGCCGUGCCUUCGUUCGAGUGACGUUCCUCGUCGUCGACGGCCGUGCACCCGGUGCAGCGAUGCCAGAGUCCCCUCGACGCCGAGGGCGCACGUUUUCCACCCUUCGCCGGGCACCGUGACCGCGGAAUGUUAAUCGCGACACCCGCCAUCCCGAACGACAGAGGACACGAGACCACGUUUUCGAGUACGGUGUUCUCUCAGCGGUGGUAGCCUAGCAGUCAUCCGUGGACGCUCGGCCGAAGAGCGAAUCCUACGAUCACGAGGAUGUCGAGAAACAACCCCGACUCACGAGCGGUCGCUCGAGCCACCAAGAGCUACGCUUUGGAUUAUAAAACUUGCUAGUGAACUAGUGCACACCAGUGGCGUUCGUAAUGUUGUAUGUGUAGUGCGUAGAGCUUAGACAACCCUCGAAAUCGUUAGGACUCCCGGCACGUUGACCAAGUUUCGCUUAAGCGUUCACGAGGAAUCCAUUAAGUUCGUCUGCGCGUGUUCCCCCGGCGGCCGGGAUCUGCUGAAUUUUCCGUCGUUAAUAAACCAGCGUCCGAUCCCGGGAGCUUCGUGAAACUUUUUUCCAGCGACGUGCCGCGUCGCGAUCCAUUAGAGUCCAUUAAGGGUCUCGUACGGCGGAUGUCGAAGAAAUCUUGAAGAGGCUCGUCGUUAUCCGCGGAGGAAUCCCUCCCUGUUGAUCUCGGAACACGAGCCUUCCCGCUAAUUGUUCCUCGCGAAAAAUCUAACUGGUUGUUUCGUGUUACACGGGUCGAUAGCCAGGCGAUAUCUAUCGUUUAUCUAUCUAUCGUGCGCAUUGUUCGUUGAUAGUAUCGCGGUUCGACCGCGAUCUGUGUCGAUAGGCUACGUUCGGUGCGGCCCUGGUGAUAAGGAGAGAAACGCGAUAGUGGCUUCCGGUUUUCGACUUUGUCCUGGCAGCGCGAAAUGAACGAGUAACGAAGGGAGAAGAUUACAGAAGUACAGCGGCACAACGGGCGUUAAUUAAAGAGCAGCCACCGGAGGGAAACGAACGGCAAGCUUGACAGAUUCGGUGACGGUCACUUACUAACACCAACGCCUCGUAACGCCAUCUACCCACUAACCAACCGCAAAAUGAUCGUCCCGUUAUUCUAAAAGUCGUGAUCGGACGAUCGUCGCGCUUGCACGUCGACGAUCGAAGCGAACGAGCGGUUGUCGCGGUCGUUCGUUGCACGAAACCGAUCAUGCGAAUUCCCGAAGAUGCGCAGGACGAGCAGCAACGGUUUGAAGCUCGAUCUGACAGAGAACACUCCAGGUAGCUCGUUGUCCCGGCUGCCGAACUUGGUCGAGCAUGCGGAGAGCUGUCAGGCCGUGUCCGCCGGAACCGGUGAGAAUUUAAGCAGCAAACUGCCGAACGUGGUCGAGGGCUCCAUGGACUAUGGUAGCGAGCGCAGAUCCUCCCGGUACCUCGAGUACCAAGACUCGAAGCCUUAUCAGGAACCCCAGUCGGCCUCCGGGCUGCCCCCCUACGAGCAGGGCUACCACGACCCGUCGAGAGGCUACAGAGGCUACGAACGGAACCCCUAUGACAGGGAGGAUAUCGACCGUUACGAUAACAGAAUUUAUUCCGAGGAUGGGCUGAGGUACGAUCGCCGGGGGGAUCAGAGAACGUAUCAGGAGUCGGACCUGGAUGCGCCCUACGAGAGGAGCGAUGCCCAGAAGCUCAGCAGGACUUACCCCGCGGAGCUCCAGGAGCCUGGCAGGCGAUACUCAAGAGAUCUGACAGAUUACGAAUACGCGUCCAGAUACGCCGAGGAGACGCUGAAACUCGAGCCGAAGAAGGACCACCACCAUCAUUCGGGGAAGGUGUACGAGCCGGCGCCCUCGAAAGGCUACGAAUCCGGCGUAAAGACCCACGAUUCCGCUUACGAGCUGUCCUGCGCCGCGCAGCAGGACCUCGUCGCCAGGAAGUACGAAAACAAGUAUCACUCCGUGAAUAAAAUGUACGGAACGUUGCCGAGGUACGAGGCUGGCAAGUCUUACGAGCCCAGGUCUUACGAGUACGAGGAGCAGACGUACGAUACCGGCAGCAAGCCUUACGACUCCAAGUACGAGCUGACCAGUUCGAAGAGCUACGAGCGAACCAAGUACGACUGCUCGUCUUCCUCGAGAUACCAGGACAAAUCGUACGAUCAGACGUUGAAGAUCGGCGAGCUGGGCUCCUCGUCGUCGGCUGCUUACGUGAGGAAGACGCAGGACCAGGAGGAGACCAGUGCUGAGAAGAUGAACGGGUAUAGGAAGAACAAUUUCGAGUCGUACGGGGUGUACUCCGAUCCCGAGGAGGAUCACGGGUUCCCGACUGAGAAAAAGACGCCUCAGUAUCCAUACAAGGGUGUCGUCGUCAAUGUCAGCGGGGAGUCGAGCGUCAUCGACCAGAAACGGGCUAAAGACAGCAGACAAACCGAAAUGCCUGGGAAUCCCUGGUGCAGGCCUACCAUACUCUUGUUGUUCCUGGUCUUGCUCGUUGUCGUCUUCGUUUUCGUCGCUGGAAUCCUUCUAUACCUAAACUACAUGUCCUACAAGCCGCAGCGUUCAGUUAUCGAGGGUAAGGAUCAAAAUUCCGCCAGUAAUAACGCGGAGCCUUGCGAGAAGACGUAUUGUUCCUGGGGAGCGACAUGCGUCGUGUUGGAGACCGGAAAACCAUUGUGUCAGUGUCCCACCGAUUGUCCUUCGAACUCUGAACCUGUCUGCGGCUCCGACGGCGUGACCUACACCAACUACUGCCACUUACGGCAGGCCAGUUGUAAUCAGAGAAAAAAUACACGUGUGAAACACCAAGGAGCAUGUGAGAUCAAGGACCCCUGCGCAAAACUGAACUGCACGCUGGGUUUGCAAUGCGUGCGAAGUAGAGACGGCACCGAGGCCUCCUGCGAAUGCAUGGAAUCCUGCCUGAAUUUAGGGGAUCACGAGGGAUCGAGUCCUGUCUGCGGCACAGAUGGGAACGACUAUCCAUCCCUCUGCGAGCUGAACCGAGCAGCUUGCGCGAAGGGUGCUAAUAUCAUAGUGGCAUUCCAAGGCAAAUGCGAUCCUUGCGGUAACGUAAAGUGCAAGGAGCCGGAAAUCUGUCAGCUGGACGACUCCCGACAACCAGGCUGUCGUUGCGGCGAGCAGUGCGGGAUUGAGUUCUCGCCAGUUUGCGGAAGCGAUGGUAAAACAUACUCGAACGAAUGCAGCCUCAGGCAGGAAGCCUGCAGAUCGAGAUUGUCGCUCAGGACGGUCUACACCGGCGCCUGCAAUUCAGGAACAAAUCCAUGUGACGAGGCAAAGUGCAGCCCCUUCGAGCAGUGCGUGAUUAACCGACAAGGGAUAGCGAGCUGUGAAUGCGGCCCAGAAUGCGAACCAGUGAUGAAACCCGUCUGUGCACGAGGCGGGAAGACGUACACCUCUCUCUGCGAGCUGAAGAGACAGGCUUGUCUAACGAAGACCAACAUCGAGGUCGCCUAUACCGGCACCUGCGGUACCAGGGGACCCUGUUCAGCAGAGGUCUGCAAGUGGGGCGCGAUCUGCGCGGAGACCAACGGCACGGCGAUUUGCGAGUGUCCGUCCUGUCCAGCGGAAUUUCAACCAGUUUGCGGCAACGACGGCAUCAGCUACGGGAACGAGUGUAAGCUCCGCCUGGAGGGCUGUCAACAUGAACGAGAGAUCCGGGUGCUUUACCAGGGACAAUGCAAUGGCUGCGAGAAUAAGAAGUGUGACUACUAUGCCAAAUGCGAGAGCGACAGUGCUGGGGAAGCCAAGUGUGUUUGUCCUAGUAAAUGCGAAAGUUCUGAAAAAGAAUUUGAGGAACCGGAGAAGGUAUGCGGCUCAAACGGAAAAACUUAUGCUAAUGAAUGUUUGUUGAAGGCCGCAUCUUGUAAAUCUCAGACUGAGAUCACUGUCAGCUUCAUAGGUGACUGUGAACUUUGCGCGCGUGUGAAAUGCGAGCACGGCGCAUACUGCAGGGCUGGUGAGUGCGUGUGUCCAGAAGAGUGUCCCAAGAGCGACGGCGAACCCGUAUGCGGCAGCGAUGCCAAGACGUAUCCGUCAGAGUGCGAACUGCAGAAGGCGGCCUGCGACAAGGAUCCAAAAUUGCCAGUCCUGCGCGUGAUAUUUUACGGCGACUGCGGCGAGCGAUUUGCUGUAGCAGCUUUGACCACGAUGUCGACGCCCGCGGUGGUUCGUUUGGUGACCACCGCAGUCCCGACUAGCACCCUGGGUCGCGAGGAUUGCAAGGACAUCAACUGCGACUUCGAGGCGACCUGUGAGCUGGGUCCUGACAACUACCCCAGGUGCAGUUGCAAGUUCGACUGCAACUCGAUAUCCCCGGAAAACAUGUAUCCCGUUUGCGGUAGCGACCUGAGGACCUACUCGUCCUUGUGCGCCAUGAAAAUGGAGGCCUGCCAGAGGCAGCAGGAGCUAAGACGCAGACCCCUCGAGCUUUGCAAAGGCAUGGAAGUGAAGCCAUGUUACGGUGAGACUCCUCUGCUGGAUAGCGAAGGGAAGGAAUACGACUGCGGCAAUGGACCAGAACGAAGGGACUGCCCUAGUAACAGUUAUUGUCAUCAGACUACGCGACUGGCUCGAUGCUGCAAGAAAGCACAAGAAACCCAGGUCGUAAAGUGUUCAGACUCCUGGCACGGUUGCUGUCCGGAUGGUAAGACUGCCGCUCGUGGACCUAAAGGAGCAGGUUGCCCGAGUUUAUGCAACUGCAACAGGUUGGGCAGUGUCUCUGACACCUGCAAUCCGGAAACGGCACAAUGCGAGUGCAAACCGGGCGUCGGUGGUCUGAAAUGCGACAGAUGCAUGCCUGGCUACUGGGGACUGCCUAAGAUCAACGAGGGUCAUCAAGGAUGCAUACCGUGCGGCUGCUCGCUCUUUGGCUCCGUCAGGGAGGACUGCGAACAGAUGACGGGUCGUUGCGUCUGCAAACCAGACAUUCAGGGCCAGAAAUGCACUAUCUGUACCGAUCACAACAAGAUAUUGACGCCUACUGGUUGCUAUUCAGCCGACACGAUACCGCCGAUACCAUCGUCCUGCAACGAGCUGGAAUGUUAUUCCGGUGGCCACUGUUCGGAGAUCGGUGGCCCGCAGUGCCUCUGUCCGUCGUCCUGUCCAUCGGACAUACCGUCUGUGCCGGUCUGCGGUAGCGACGGACAGACAUACGACAACGAAUGCGAGCUAAGGCUUUACGCUUGUCGCCACCAGGCAGACGUGGUCACGCAGGCCUUCGGCCACUGCAGAGACGACCCCAUGGUGAACACGGACUUCCCCGUUAAAAGGUACACGGCGGUGCAAUACACCCAGCCAGCGGCCGCCAUUUCUCCGUUAUCGAAAUCUACCAGGCAUCUGUUGGUGCCAGAACCGGAUCCACGGUAUUAUUAUACUCACCGAGCAAAUCAAGAAACCAUCACGAUCGACAGAGACAAUUUAAAGCACGGUGUGGCUGCUGCGUACCGACCGACUCCAGCGACGAUUCGCGUGGUCACCCCGUUGCUCGGUGACCUAUGCACCGACGACAAGGAUUGCACCAUACCGAACAGCGAGUGCUCCAACGGAGGCUGCAUCUGCUCAGAGGGAUACGCUGAAAACAGCGACACGCAGGAAUGCUUCGCUAAUUACGUGCCAGUGACACCGACCGAAGAAUUUCGUGCCUGCCUGUCGUAUCCCUGCCACGCGACAUCGACGUGCAUCGACCUGCCCAGCGCCACGUUCGUUUGCAUUUGUCGGCCGAAUUACACCGGUCUAUUAUGCGACGAGGAGAUCAACAAAAGGGAUUACGAUGUGCCGUCGUUCGAUGGCAAGAGCUACGUAAGGAUGAACAGAUUGAAAGCUUACCACAGGUUUAGCAUCGAGGUCGAGUUCAAGACAUACGCCGACAAUGGGAUUAUACUUUACAACCAACAGAAGAGCGACGGGACCGGAGAUUUCGUCUCGUUAGCCAUCGUCGACGGAUUCGUACAAUUUCGCUACAACUUGGGUAAUGGCCCAGUGAUUCUGACCUCCUCCGAGAGAGUUACUAUGAAAACGUUCCAUCGUGUCGCAGCGAAGAGGUACCACAAGGACGGUGUUCUAAUUUUCAACGAUGGCGACGAUGUGGCUGGUCAAAGUCAGGGGAUGCUGAAGUCGUUGGACCUGAACCAGAACACGUACAUCGGGAAUAUGCCAACGAAUUACACCAAGGUGUAUGAUAACAUCGGCACCAAUCACGGAUUCCUCGGUUGCAUCCGUAAACUGAAGAUCAAUCGAAACUUCGUCGACCUCCACGUCGGCCACGACAAAGACAUCCUAGAGACGUACCGCGUGAAAGAAUGCGGGGAAAACGCUUGCGCCAAUCUGCCCUGUCAAAAUGGCGCGACCUGCCAACCGAUCUUCGAGGAGGACCUCUGCGACGGUCGUGAAUGCAGACGAAUGCAAAAACGUGGCAAGAACAGGAACAAGACUGGCAUGAACAUCGUUCGAUGCAAAGGAUCCCAUUGCACCGCGAUCGAUCAACGACGGCCGAAGAAGAGCGCGAAGAAACGUUGCGCGGGGGCCACGUGCGAUUACGAUGAAGAUGUCAUUUACGACAAUAAUUACGAGCAUGGAAAUUACGCCGUGGAGAAAUACGAUCCUCCAGAUUACAGAUGCAUCUGUCCACCACAGUUCACUGGCAGAAACUGCCAGGAGUCCUUGGAUCCGUGCAUUGGUGAACCCUGCCAACACGGAGCCACUUGCGAUAUCCUUCCUCAAGGCGGUUACGUCUGCAAGUGUCCACCAGGCAGGACUGGGGAACACUGCGAGAUUUUGGAUGCCGAACUAACGGAGCUGCUGAUACCCGAGAUGACUGGGGACGGUUUCCUUGAGCUUCCGUGUCUAGAAGGGGUGGCGAAAGCGUUCUCCAUUGAGUUGUGGUUCCUCACACAUGCUAGCGACGGUUUGCUGCUGUACAAUGGCCAACUGAACAACGGCCGCGGCGAUUUCAUUAGUUUGAACCUGGUCCACGGCAGAUUAGAAUUCAGAUUCAAUCUCGGAAGUGGCAUCGCCAAUAUCACUUCCCCGGACCCUGUCACGCCUGACACGUGGCACUGCGUACGAAUCAGCAGACUCGGCAGGGAAGGUGUCCUCCAAUUGGAUGACGGAACGGUCGCCAGAGGAUUAUCUGGAAGCCCUUUGACAGAACUGAAUUUGGAAAUGCCGCUUUACGUCGGUGGCGUUAAACAUUGGCGAGAAGUUCAUCGUUUAGCUGGGGCCUGGACUGGAUUAGUAGGCGCCGUGCAAAGGUUAAUGGUGAACGGGAAAACAUAUCAAAAUUUGGCGGUGAACAUCACGCAGCAUAACACAGACAUUUACGAUGGUCUACCAUGUCCAAGCAACGAGAAUCCUUGCCAUAACGGUGGAGUGUGUUUACCUCUUCUCAACAGCUAUCUGUGCAAGUGUGCUAGUGGCUACAAUGGCCUUCACUGCGAAUAUUUCAUGGGUUACGACGUAUCCCCGGAGAUAGUCGAGAGACCGGUACGCUUCAAAGGCGACAACUUCCUACAGUUCCGACACCGCAACGGGAGAAGUACUAACUCGACUAACACUACCCUCGGCGAGUACUCUGAGGAGUCCUACUCCGACUACGACGUGGAGGAGGACGUCGACUACGAUUACGAGAGUUACGAUUACACGGAGAGAAGAGGUCAACAGUCGAACAAGUUCGAGCUGAGACUGAGAACGACCCACUCGGAGGGUCUCAUUGCCUGGAUCGGAAGAGGAAAAGUCGAACACCUUAUGCUGUCGUUGCACGAUGGACAGGUGGUCCUUACACACAAGAGCAGGAACGAACAGAUAUCCUUGAGGAGCAAGGAACGAGUGGACGACGGCAUGUUCCACCUCAUCAGAGCAUCGAGGAGAAGAAGAGCGUCGACGAUACAGAUCGACGACUUCCCGCCCGUGAAGAUAUCGACGGAGACCAGCCUGCUGACAACGAACGGCAAGCUGUUCGUAGGCGGGAAGCCGGGCCACCGCGGCAUCAAGGGCUGCGUGACGGACUUCGUGGUGGACAAACGACGGCUUCAGCUGGCGAGGCGGAAGAUCGAGCAAUGUCACGACAACGACGUAUGAUAACGAACCCCGGAAACGACGAUCGUCAACGUGACGUCGCCUCCGGCCGUGCUCGUCGAAUGGACGACGCCUUUGUCCGCGACGAGUUAGCAUCAGCCUAAAAACGAAAUCCGAAAAAACGCGAGGGGAAGUCCUUUGGAAAGUGUUCGUUUCCGAGGGUAGGAAACCGCGAUCGGGCGCACGAGCCAUCGGCCUCGAACGAAUCGUGGGGACCGGAAGCGGGACCGGCGAAUGGAAAGUGGACCCGAUAACCCGACAAUGAGACACGCGAUUCCUGCCAAAGCCGAUACUAAGGAACUCUUUGAGGGGAGAAUCGACGAUCGCGCCACGGAUCCAACGAUGUAGCCGGCUAAACUCCUAUAUUUAUUUUCGUUUGAAUAGCGUAAAGACAGAGAGCCUAAGUUCGUCGAACGGGUCGUAACGAAGUGUGAAGGAGGCAUAAGUUAGAAGGAAGCGUCGCGUUCAAUGCUACGUUCUCAUCGAAGGACAAUAAUAUAUUUUUAAGGUGACGAGAUUAAUAUACAUAUGAGUAUAUAUGAUGUAUGUAUGUAUCAAUUUAAAGCGUAUACGUAUAACAGAGGGGGGAAGGGGGUUACAUUGUAAUAUCGACGCGAGGAGUGACGAGAGGAACGAACAUGCCUGGGGUUCCGGUGGAUAGGAGGUUGCGGAUUGAGACGCGUCACGGGAGGGGUGGGGGGGGGGGGGGACUUAUCGAUAAUCGUUAGUCGUUACUCUGUAAGUUAAUAUAUCGAAGCACCUAUAAAUGUUUUACGAUGCCAAGACUGACUUAAAAAAAAGAAUGAACAAAAGAUCGAGAGAUCAAUGGACGUGCGGAACGAAGUGCGGGCUACCGCGGGAGACAUAGCAAGAAGAGAAAAAUAAAAAAAAAACAAAAGCGAAACGAUAAAUCGGUGUUAUGUUUGAGUGUUUCGGUAGAGAGAUUUAACGAUCGUGGAUUAUCAGAAUAGAGGAAUGUAUUUUAAAGGACUUGUUGAUUUAUGCCAGUAGAGAAAAACAAAAUAAAAAAAAACACGGAAUAAAGUACACGAAAACACGCACAUACACACAGAACAAGACACGUACAGGAUCAUACGGAACAGAUAUACCGUACAACGUUGUUUCUAGGCAGGCAAGGCUUUUUACAAAUGCGCAAGGGAAUAGAUCUAUUAUACAUAUAUAUAUAUAUAAAUAUAUAAAUAAAUAUAAAUAUAGAAUAUUAUACAUACCACUAUGCAGAUUACAUUCCAUGUAAUGGACACCGCGGUUAAAUUCUACGUAAGGCGAACCUAUCGUUCAACGAUGUCCUGUUGCAUUUCAAUCCUAGAACAAAAGGCAAAUCGAGGACGGCACCAGGCCUCGAAGACACUUCGCUUCCGUUCGACAAUCCGCGCGCACUCGACACGAAUACAUUAUCCAGCGGAUAUCUUGCAAAUCUCUUCUUGAUACAGGGUUCACGGAAUGCCGCGUACGAUUCAAAUGUAAAUGGACUGGAAUUGACGAGAACGGAGGUACGUUAAGGCGGGGGAACGGCGUCGUAUCGUUUCUCUGUCACGAUAAUUGUAACUUCGACGUUCUUAGGCGCACCAUCGGACUCUUAAGCCUUUGAUCGCGGGAUGACUUUUGCUGGAAAUUCUAAGAGACGUAGAGGUGUGAAUUUAAAAAAAAUAUCAGCUUAUACGGAACGAUAAGACGGAACUUUUUUGUAUUUACAGUUUAUUCGUAGGACGUUUAGUUUCGAAAAUAAAAAUUGAAAACUUGAAAGAACUUUUUCCUGAGAUCUCGUAAUGAUCUGAUCCUGUUGCAGGUGUCUUGCAAAUAAACCGACAGUCGAACAAUCGAAUUUAAAAAGAAUACCACCUUAUAGAGAAUGACAAAAAGAAACUUUUUUAUGUUUACAGUUUAUUCAUAGGAUGUUUAGUUUCAGAGAUGAAAAUUGAAAACUUGGAAGACCUUUCUCCUGAAAUUCAAUUUUUGCAACGAACGUCUUACUUUUCAAAAAAUAUUUAACGAAUAUAAAAAUUUCGUAUUCGAUAUGAAUAUUUCUCGAUACUGUAUAUAUACGACCUUCGCAAUCAAAGGGUUAAUCACUUGCCACAAGUCUUGAACUAUGCAGACUGCAAUGAUAGCCUGCUACAAAAAUGUAUUAGUUAAAGUUUUCUUAAUUUUCUAAUACAUAAAAGAAUAUUCAGUUUCAAAAAGCAAAAAGAGUGGUAGGAAAAUCUGCUAAAUUAUUAUUCACUCGUUCUAUUGAGGAUUAUGUUUAAUGCCAUUAAUAAUAAUAAUAAUGUUUUAUGUCUGAUGUCGCUGUUUUUUUUUUUUUUUUUUUUUUCUUUUUUAUAUAUAUAUAUAUAUAUAUAAAUGAUGGUGUAUAAAUGAUUUGAGAUUGAAAUUGAAAUUUCUAUUAGCGUCGUCACCAACAAUUAAUUGCAAAAGAGAGCGUCAGAACAAAAUGUUCUAUCACGGUGAAGAAUAAUUAUCGGUGCACAAGAAACGAUUCGAUUUCUCGUAAACAAAAAUAAUAAUUAUUAUAAUAUAACGUACCGCUUGUGUGCAAUCGAAUGAUCAACGACGAGGGAUGUCUGAAUGAAAGCUAACGCGUGCGUGAAAAUGAAAAACUUACACGGACACACACGUACAUAAACACACUUGUAAAUAACGACACGCGCUGAUCUACGAAUUAAUUGUCGUUUAGUGUAUACCGCGCGCACGUUCAUGCGUUGGACCUAACGAAUAUGCCAGGACGACCUAAUUAAUCGUAAAUGUUCAUCAAAUCCCGCGACUUUCUUCUUUUUCUUCUUUUUCUUUUCUCUCUCGCGUGUUCAGAGACGGGCAAAAUAUUUAUCCAGAUAAAGAUUACGAGUCACGAAUGAACACGAAUAUCUUUUCUAUUUUAUAGGUUCAAUAAUAAUUAUUAGACCGCAGGUAUUCAAGGAAAUAAAAUAUGCAAGGUGCAUGUACUCUUUUCAUCCACGUUAAAUAUGCAAAUAUGCAAUAAAUUAUUAUGUACAAUAUGCAUAAAAUAAUAGUAGUACUGUAUGUGCACGUAUAAUAGAUUAUUUUAUCGUGUAUAAUAAUAUAUGUGAACAUAUUAUGUAUUCUUUUAUUAUGUAUCGUAUGAUAUUUGUAUAUACAGAAUAUAUGUAACGCGUAGACACGUACAAAUGACUUUGUACGAUAAACGACGAACAAUGAACAAAUCUGCAUACUGGCAUAUAUUCUGCAUAUAAGUGUACGUAUUUUGAAUAUUUGCAUAGUAUAUGCAUUUACGCAAGCAUCGGCAGUCUAAUAAUUAAAAUCCGAACUGUAAAACGAAAUCGUAUUUCACGUUGACGGAUAAACAGUAGUUUAUCCAGACAGUUAUUCGCUCGAAUAAGUGAUUCGAUUCUUCUAUUCGAAUGAAAUUUUGCCCAUCGCUGCACUCGUCGGGAAACGAAGAUGUCCGCGACAACGUGUUCUUCCCUUGCUCACCAAUCCCGUCGAUCGAAGCGACUAUCCGUGAAGCCUAAGUUUUCUAUCGAAUUACCAGAUCUAUAUUGUACACCAUCGAGGAUCACGACAUCGUCGAACUUUUCCAGCGACGCUGGACGAGCAGAUCUUUUCGAUUUUGUAAAAGUGAACGCGUACAAACGCUUGGUGGAGAUGUAAGUAACUCGACGAACAGAAAACGUAAUUCUAAGAUUAUUUUCAGCCGCACUCUUACGUACGUAAUUAGUACGUAAACGCGUACACGAUACAUAUCCUCGACACGCAUGAUUUUUUACGUGAAAAGCCAACGCAAUUUGUCGUUAAUUGGUAUGUAUAUACGACCACAUUUUUGUCUGGAAAUGUUCGACGUCGAGGACGUUUCCGUGGUUCCCUCGAUUCGUCGAAGAAACUAUCAUCGACCGACCAAACUUUGAUGAUGUUGUUGUUGUUGUUGUUGUUGUUUAAAGAGAAAGGGGGAAGAAAAAUGUAGCCGAAGGAAACACGGUAACGUCUUCAACUUUUACCACCACGAUGAACCGUUGAAUAUUUUUAAACGAUGUUUCUAUUGCGUUCGUUCAUUUCGAAGACACGCUUAUACGAAAGUUUUGAUAAGUCCUUUUGUAUUAUAAUCGCGAUGUUCUCGAACUGAUCAUAUCUUCGUCAUAUCUGUCGAUUUGUUGCGAUCGGUGCCCCCGAGGAAGCUUCAGAGAAACGUUUUUUGUCCUCGGAAAACUGUAACCUCGAGACUAUAUUAAUAUGUAAAUUGUUCCUCGUCGGUAGCGCGCGAGAAUUCGAAUAAUUGCGAGCAAUAUCGUUACAUAUCCUCCCGUUUGAAAAUGUGAUUUUUUGUAUUCGUCAAAAAGAUCUCGCUAUUCAACAUAUCGAAACGAAUUUUGAAGACGGUGACGCUUCUUUAGGAGGGGAAAAGGGUUUCACACUUUUAAACGUGCUCCGAACGGAACGAAUUAUUUGUUCCGAAUGAUCGACGUUGCUUUCGCGACGAUGCCAUCAUUUUCACGAAAGAGAGACACUCGCUAUUAGAGCAAUAUUACACGUUAAAGAACAGUGGUGGAAAUUGGCCACUUUUGGACCUGGCUGGCAACGAACAAUUUUUACUGAAUAUGUUUCUACCAGAAAUGCGUAAUUGUUUACCUGAAAAGAUCAACUGAAAGUCAAUAUAUUAUACAUAUUUGAAUUUGUCAUUUCAUCAGUUACCAUCUUACAAGAAUAAAGAUACUGAAUUCUAUUUAAUAAUACAUCAAUGACCUUGAAAUCUCUGGAAUUAUGAUCUUAAAAAAAUUGUUUUAUUCAUCGUAAUACGUCACUCUUCGAACAAAACAUUUCUAUUUUGUAACACUUCUACGUAUCAUCAAAAGCAACAGAGAUACAGUGGAUGUAGAAAGUAUUCGUACACCGAUCAAUUUCCAAAAAAAACUGUGUAAAAUUGUAACUUAUUAACUUAUUUUUUAUAAACAAUUACAUUCUACAUUUUCUCCGAAAUCUCUAGAAUAGAUAGAUUACAAAAAAAAUAGCUAUUUAUGUAAGUUGCGAAAUUAACAAGAAAAAAACAAUUAAUUGUUAAAAAUGUUGAAGCAAUAAGUAUUCGUACAACUGUUUAAAAGUACUUUCCUGGAAAUUUGAUGUUUUCUAAUUCGCACGGAGCAAUAAACUAAUGUGUUUACGUUACAAACUCUACUGUAAAUGGUUCGUCAUAAGAAACGUACAAAUACUUAUUGCUUCUAUACUUUUACCCACUUUCCGCAUUUUUUUGUUAAUGUCACAAAUUAUAUUAACUAGUAAAUGUUGUUUGGACUAUAUCUAUCGUAGAGACUUCCGAGAAUAUGUAAAAUAUCAUUGAUUAUAAAAAAAGAAGUUAAGAAACUACAAUUUCACAGAAAAGUUUUUUGGGAAAUUGAUGGGUGUACGAAUACAUUCUACAGCCACUGUAUAUUAAAUAUAAAUCUUAUUGACUUUUUAAGAGUAUCUUCUCACAAGGUCAUCUGAAGGUCAAUAUAUUAUGCAUGUUUGAAUUUAUCCUUUUGCAGUUACAAUAUUGCAAUAAUGAAAAUACCAAUGAAAAACGACUGCAGAAAAAAAUGUUCAAUGCCAGCCAGGUCCAAGGUGAUCAAUUUUUAGCAUUGUCUUUCAUAAAAAUAAGUUACCAAGUGAUUCUUUUCGCAACGUCGACUUUUGCAACACUCGGUACGAACUUUUCUUCGAGUCUGAUACCCAGCCUCCGCUCUCGACGAAAGCGUUACCGCGAACCAGAAGAAGAAAGAUGAAAAAUGUGUUCCAAAAACGCGUAUUGUUAACUUUGCGUCACUGUUUACGCCUGUCCUCGUUGUCGACCGCAGAGUCUCGAUGCUCGGUCCGCCACAAUCCUUCCGCGAAGGAUCGUCGACGUAAGCGUGCUCGUGACGACACCUGUUCGUGUCAUCGUAAAAAUGAGAAGUACCAUGUGUAUCCGAAGGAACGGUAUGGAAUAAAUCAGUAGAAAUGUUACCCUUGCUCGCAUGAAAUCGUGGAAGGGCCAGUUGCAGCGCUGUCCUAUCAAGACUCGAAAGAGUUCAAUGGUCCAAAACGCACUUGAGUCGAGGCGAGAUUAAUUGGCCGCUCGAAAGUUGUCAAGGACCUAUCCCCACCACUAGGUUAUCCCCCCACUGCUCCGUUUCUCGCGUCUUCGCUUUGCGUUCGUUCCGCUGCGCCAGCUGACCGAGAAACAGAAAGAUUCGUACGCGGAACAGCCGACCAAUUGAUCUUGCUUCGAUUAUGGUUGACGAGAAAAAGGCAGUGGAUCGAUGGGAAACUUUAAUCCGCGCCAGAGAACUACUGCCAAUCUAGAUAAACAUGGUAGAAUCGAUGUUUUCUCUAUCCAAAUCUCGACGAUCGAAUCGUCUCGCUGUCAGAAUUUUCUGAGCGAGGGAAGCGAUUGUCCAGCGUAGUCGGGAUGAGAAAACGAAUUGCUGAGACUUCCGUUACGACGACACCCGUACAACGUCAUUUGUUUCGUGCGAAGGACACCCACGCAGCAGAGCGAUCAUCUUAAUUAGUUUUUUUACUUUGAUACCGUCUUUACUGCGACCAUUCGCCGUUCACUGACCUAAAGUAUUUGUGAGCUACACUGUAUAACAAAAGUACGCGUUGUAAAGUGACUGUAUAUACAAAUAUAAAUUAUGCGAUUAUCUUGA